ACGUCAAAAAUGGUACCAAAUAUACCAGAUCGUGUUUCUAUUUUAUUAAAUUAAAAUGCUGUAAAUAAUAUAAGAUAUACAAAAAGUGUCGUAACAAAUGAAGAAACUUAUUCAGCUAUAGUAUCAAAUAAUAGUUUCUUACUUUCUAGUCAGAAAUGGUAUUUAAUAGUUCAUUUUACGAUUUUGAAUUUUUCUACAGCAUUUAUAUUAAAUUUGUGGCUGAGACUUGGUUGUAUUUUCGAAAUUUUGCGUUAUACAUAAGCUUAUGGGUGGUGGGGUACUUGAUAGUGUGUUGUGUGGUGUACCGGCGGUAUGCGAGGCGCCUGCCGACGAGAGCGCGUGGCGCCCUACGAGCGAAGAGAGUGCUCAUAGUAAUAGCGCACCCUGACGAUGAAUGCAUGUUUUUUGGGCCCACUAUAUUCAGAUUAUGUGAACAGGGUGUUGAUGUCUACCUGCUUUGUUUAUCUCAUGGCAAUUAUGAUGGUAAAGGCAAUAUACGUCGGAAAGAACUGUGGAGUGCAUGUCUUGAGCUGGGUGUGCCGGAACAAAAUAUUGAUCUGAUCAAUGACACAAGACUUCCAGACAAUCCUAAGGCACAGUGGCCUGCGCCAGUUAUAGCUAAAUUGAUUCAGCACAAAUUGGAAGCACUAGAUAUAGACACCCUCCUUACGUUUGACCGUGGCGGAGUGUCUUCACAUCCAAACCAUUCAGCCAUUUUCUAUGCUGUUGCGUAUAUGUUUGUUGAAAAAAUUAUGCCUAAGAGGUGCAUUGUAUACACAUUAGAUUCUGUAAAUAUAAUGAGAAAGUAUUUUGGGUUUCUAGACCUCCCGCUUAGCUUUGUACUGUCUUCCAAAAGGUACUUCCUUCGCUGGACUGAGAGCAGGCGGGUGGUGCGCGCUAUGAAACGCCACCGGUCGCAGAUGGUCUGGUUCCGGUAUCUUUACGUCGCGUUCUCCCGGUAUAUGGUGAUCAACACGCUUAGACGCAUCAGCCUAGCUGACAUUGAGCUUGAACUCGAAGUUGAUGAUUGAACCUAUCAGCUAUAUUAUUAUAUCUUUGCCAGUAUUUAGUUUCGCCUGCUCUUAGCCUGCCACCAAGCCCUGUAGCAGCCAUUAAAAAAUUCAAAAACCAUGAAACUAAGGAGUAAAUUAUUUUUAGCUUGCAGCUUACAUUGUUCCAUGAUCUUCUAAGUAAGAGUAUUUUUUUUAAACUAUUUCUAAUAAUGGAACUUAUCGGUCGGGGAACGACUCGUGCUAAACAUUUUAUCCUGUUUUUAGGAGUCCCUUUUAUUAAAUAUCAAAUACAUGAGGUUUCUAAAGUGCCAUAAGUCUCCAGUGAUAAAUAAAAACAGCAGUGUCUUUACAUUGCACUACACUGUAAACAUUUUAUACAGAUUCUUAAUAGAUUUUGUACUAUCACUUUGAUAUGUUUGUAUUCAGAUUUUUUAUUGACAAAAACAAUUCCAUCUAUUGGAGAUAAGUAUCAGUAAACCAUUAGAAUUUCUAUGAAACCUGUGCAAAUCACAAAUUAGAUUGUGUAGAAAUUCCUAUGUGAUUGGUGUAAAUUCGAAUAUGACUGGUGAU